GGUGCCCUCCGGCUCCGGUGUGAGGCCCUUGUGGCCCUGUCGCCGGUCGUCCUGUUCCGCUAGCGGGUGACCCGCAGCUCCUGUCCCGGAUCUGAGGGCGCUGCGCCCUCUCCCCGCGGAUUCCUGGUCUCUCAGAACCUCGGGACUCCCUGUAGCCGGGGAGCCGCCGCCACUUGGCGGCUUCUGCGCCCCCGGCCCCGCGGCCGCAGCUGCUUCCUGGAGGCCGCGGAGGUGGGACCUGUGUCUCUCGGUGCUUUCACAGGUCUCAAGUGUGGUGCAAGAAGUAGUCCAGUCCAGGCAGCUGGGGACCUGGGGCGACCAUCUUGCACAUCUGUAAAUUACAAGGAAGGAUUUCAACUGCUCAGACUAGUGUGUGGACCAAACAUCAUUCAUCUGCUUCAAAACUUACAGUGCUCUGCUUUCACUCUCAUUCGUCUGCCUGAAGUGGCUUCUUGGACUUAGAGAUGACAUUCCCUUAAACUUCCAGAAGCUGGAGACAGAAAUGCAUACAGUAGGCUCUGUGUCAGUGUUACCUCAAUCAAUUUUAAUAAAUGAAAGUAACUGCAGCUAAGAGUCUGAAGGGAAGAAGUCUUGUCUGAGACACAAAGCUUUGCCAGGAGAGGUACGUUCUAGUUGUAUGAAUUGAAUGUUUCCUUUGUCUUCUCUUCCUAGUAUCCACCAGGGCUCUAGUCCAUCUGUGGUGUUAUUGGAUUAUAACAAAACUGAUGCAUAGGAACAGAAAUGUAGUUGUCGAGAAUUUAGACUUCAGAGACAAACUGAUCUGCAUCGUGAUCCUGGUUCAGCCAUGUUCCAUGUGGGAAACACGGAGCAUGUGAUUAAAUGGGACCCAGUGGUUGUUGAGGAUGUGGCUGUGGUCUUUAGCCAGGAAGAGUGGGCUUUGCUGAAUCUUACUCAGCGGAAACUCUACAGAGAUGUGAUGAUACAAACCUUCAGAAACCUGGCUUCAGUAGUUUCUCAAAAUCUUAAGGAUGGAGAGAAGUUAUCCAGCGAAGUUAUAAUGGUGCAAUACAUGAAAAAUAACACCUGGUCCUCCGCGUUAGGAGAAAUCUCACAAUCGCAUGGAAAUAAAGAUCAUCAUAAAAACCAAGAGAGACAUUUGAGAAGUCAUACAGUAGAAAACAUCUGUGAAACUAAUGAAGGCAAUCAGUGUGAGAAAACGUUCAGCCAGGUUCCAAAUCUUACUGUGUUAAAAGGAAAUCAUACAGAAGUAAAUCCUUUUGAAUGCUCUGAGUGUGGAAAAGUCUUCACGGAUCCCUCAUCACAUAACUGUCAUACCAGAUACCACAAUGGAUGUAAUACCUGUCAGUUUAUUGCAUGUGGAGAAGCCUGCAGUUGUACCACUCCUAUGAGAACUCUUAACGGAACGAAACCUCAUAAUUGUGGGGUAUGUGGGAAUGACUUGGUUUGUAUCUCAACCAUUAAGAAUCCUGUGACAAUACUCACUGGUGAGAAACACUAUAACUGUAAUGAAUAUGGGAAAGAUUUCUAUAGUUUCUCAUCAUUUUGGACACAUGUGAGAGGUCAUAAGAGUGAAUGUAAAGAAUGUUGUAAAACCUAUAGUCAUUCUUUAUCCCUUAUUUUACAUAACAGAGAUAAGCCUUAUGAAUAUUGGGAAUGUGGAAAAGCUUUUAGUGAGGCUUCGUCUCUCACUCAACAUGUAACAACUCACCGUGGAGAGAGACCUUAUAAAUGUAAGAGAUGUGGGAAAACCUUUAGUCAGUCAUCACACCUCUCUAACCAUAUAAAAACGCACAAUAAGCACAGGCCUUAUGAAUGUAAGGAAUGUGGGAAAGCCGUUAGUCAGGCCUCAACCCUCACUAGACAUAUAACAACUCACACUGGAGAGAGACCUUAUGAAUGUAAGGAAUGUGGGAAAGCCUUUAGUUGGCCCUCCCGCCUAACUGCACAUAUGCGUACACACAGUGGAGAGAAGCCUUACGAAUGUAAGGAAUGUGGGAGAGCCUUUCGUUGGCCCUCACAGCUCGCUACACAUAUGCGAACUCACAGUGAAGAGAGGCCUUAUGAAUGUAAGGAAUGUGGGAAAGCCUUUCGUCAGUCAUCACACCUUAUUAACCAUGUAAGAACUCACAAUGGGCAGAGACCUUAUGAAUGUAAGGAAUGUGGGAAAGCCUUUAGUCAGGCUUCAACCCUCACUACACACGUAACAACUCACAGUGGAGAGAGACCUUAUCAGUGUAAGGAAUGUGGGAAAGCCUUUAGGUAUUUUUCUAAUUUCGCUUCACAUAUAAGAAUUCACAGUGGAGAAAGGCCUUAUGAAUGUAAAGAAUGUGGAAAAGUCUUUAGGCAAGCCUCAAACCUCAUUACACAUAGAAGGAUUCACAGUGGAGAGAGGCCUUAUGAAUGCACGGAAUGUGGGAAAGCCUUUAAUUGUUCCUCACACCUAACUAAUCAUUUAAGAACUCACAGUGGAGAUAAGCCUUAUGAGUGUACAGAAUGUGGGAAAGCGUUUACUCAGGCCUCAUCUCUCACUACACAUAUAAGAACUCACAAUGGAGAGAGGCCUUAUGAAUGUAAGCAAUGUGGGAAAGCCUUUAGUCAGGCCUCAUCCCUCACUAAACAUAUAAGAACUCACAGUGGUGGGAGGCCUUAUGAAUGUAAGGAAUGUGGGAAAGCUUCCAGUUGUUGCUCAGAAUUAACUAGUCUUAGGGGAACUCGCAGUGGAGAGAGGCCUUAUGAAUGUAAAGAACGUGUGAAAGCCUUUCGUCAUUCACACCUCACUUCACAUGUAAGAUCUCACAGUGGAGAGACUGCUGUGUCAAAAGAGAUCUUCCAUCCAUAAUUCUGUAAUUUCAAAUAGCAAAUUUCUGAAAGACUAUAAUUAAAGGACAAAAAGUUUCUCAGUGAUUAACGAAGAAAUACUAUCUUAAAGAAGGGGUCACUAGAGCUCCUUUGUGCCUUUGACAGAAAUGAAAAUUUCAUUUUCAAUAUAGGAUUGUUCUCAUCAGUGUUUGUUACUUUCUCAGUCUAAGCUAAAUUUUCCUUUCUGAAAGUCCUUGACUAUAACAGAUGACCCUGAAGGGAGUAGCCUUGAGCAAAUGUCAUUUUCUGUUUCUUAAUGAUUUUAUCAAUGUUAUUUUAUAUAGUAAAAUGCACUCUUCUUGUAUUUCGUUUAAGGGUGGUUUUUUUGUUUUUGUUUUUGUUUUCAUAUUUAGCACGUUGCCUUCCAUUCUGUCCUAUUGUAAAGUUAACUGUUUUACUCUUUACAAUUAGUAAGUUUCUCAUAGGGCCAUACUUUGAAACAGUUCAAAUAUUUUUCAUUUUACAUUAGCUUACUAAUUUUAGUAUGCAUCGAUAAUUAUCUAUGAUUUUUACUACUGUGGUGUUUACUAAAUGGUACUCUCUUCAAAUCAUUUCUUCUACAUUUAUUAAGUUCUGUAAAAUGUAGCUUUUUCUUUUAUGUAUUUAUGAAAUUGUUUAUAACAGUAAAAGCAGUGCUUGGAUUAUGAA